AAUAACUUACCCAACAUUGGGUGGUCAUUACAAAGAUGCUAACAAGAAAGACCCUGGACAGAAAAGUAAAGUCCUCUUGCAUCCGGAUUGUAACGUAUCAACAGAAGCUGAAAUUCGGUUCCU